UGUCUUUAACGGAUGAAGAUCACUGCAGUCCCAGUGUUCACAAUAGUUUCUCGUUGUAGUGGGGCGUGGGACCGCAGCUUCGAGAGAAAAACUUGGGGACUCCGUCAUUUUCUUGUUAACUUCCUCGCUUUCCCCCACCCGGUGCAAUCGACACAGUGCGUUCAGCCAUUGAAGAGUAGCUAUUUCAAGGAAAGCAUCACAAAACCACGGGCAAAUGGAGCAAACAUAUGGGGAGGUGAACCAGCUAGGCGGGGUGUUUGUCAAUGGACGUCCGCUGCCCAAUGCAAUACGGCUACGGAUAGUGGAGUUGGCUCAGCUCGGGAUACGACCUUGUGACAUUAGUAGACAACUCCGCGUCUCCCAUGGCUGUGUGAGUAAGAUCCUAGCAAGAUACAACGAAACUGGGUCGAUUUUACCAGGUGCAAUCGGCGGGAGCAAGCCACGGGUUACCACACCUAACGUGGUGAAAAACAUAAGGGAAUACAAGCAGAAUGACCCCGGAAUCUUUGCUUGGGAAAUUCGAGACAGACUUCUAGCGGACGGCGUUUGUGACAAAUAUAACGUACCAUCAGUCAGCUCUAUUAGUAGGAUUUUACGGAACAAGAUUGGAACUCUGUCCCAGCCGAACCAGUACGAGACCAGCAAGCAGCCGCCGCAGCCAGGAAUUCCAUACAACCAUAUUUAUCCCUAUUCGUAUCCAAACGCAAUGUCACCUACUGGGACCAAAAUGGGCAACCCUGGUGUGCCCGUCACGGGCAUAUCACGGGGCUGGCCCUCAGCACACACGGUCAGCAGUAUCCUUGGUAUGAGACCCUUCAUGGACCCUGCAGCCAUUGCUGCAGAGGGAUACCCACCAAAAAUGGAAGACUGGGGAAGUGUCAACAGAGGGACGUUUUCCACCGCUCAUGGGGUGAACGGAAUUGACAAAUCGGCUGUCGACGCGGACAUUAAAUAUCCUCAGGCAUCGUCCACAUUGUCCAGUUAUGUACCUGCGUGUGCAUACUCUCCCUCAAAUCAGUACGGUGUCUAUAGUGGUCCAGCUGGAAGCUAUGUGACUCCAGCUCAUCACUGGCAAACCCAGGGCACGACCCUAUCGCACCCAAGCAGCGGUAUGACGAUACACGCGGGUGACAUCCAUUCGCCAAUGUCAUUCAAACAUGCAGCGCGAGACGGAGACCGUAAACCUCCCAGUCCCUUGAGCAAGCACGAGGCUUUGAACAGCAUACACGGACUCAAUCUUCCUACCUCAUCAUCAUAACCCCACAGAAGCUAGAGAGGAAUCACCACACAUUACGAGCCGCAAAUAUCCCAUUUAAUUGCGUGCAUUUCAAGAUCUCGAACAGUAAGUCGAAGCAUUAUCUAAAGUGUCUUGGAGGAAUGUAUCGAUACAGCCAUCCGUUGUCAGGCUUACCAUAACUUGUCCCUACAAUAUGUCCAAAACUGAAUGUAAACCUCUGGGCAUGGAUGCCAUAGCCUCCCUCAUGCCGCGGUGUUGAACGAUAGGUUUUGAAUCGUAUAGGAUGCUCCAUGUAUAGUCUACUUCUAUCGAAGAUUGCAGUCAUAACAGUUAUGUCAUUGAUACAAAUGUGCAGAUUUGUUGUUCUGUUUGGGGCUAUUUUGAUGACAAAAGGCAAAGAUGCCUAUAUUCAUGUACAGAAAUAAAGAAGACGCAUACAGAUUCUGAGAGACUGCAUUCAACUCAACGAUGUGAACAAGUUAUUAAUAUUAAAUGUAAAAUAUUUGCAAAAGCUUUAAUUAUAUUUUUAUAAAUACUUAUGUAAAUAUGCUAAAUAAAGGCAUUGUAAAUAUUAA